GCAACGUGGCCUGGUUUCAAAUUAAUCACCUUCUCACCAUUGUUAACUAUGCAGGAAAACUACUUGCAACUAUUAUUUAAAAAUAUUUUUUUUAAAAAGAAGUUUGCCUCCAAUGUGGAAAGGGAUGUCAGUGAAAGUAAUUCCUAACUUAAAAAGACUCAAAGAGUUUAUCUCGUCAAUUGUUAUGUGAUUGUAAAAAUGUCACAAUACCAGAGGCAAAUCUAGGAAAAUCUAGUCAGAAUAUAUACAAAAAAAAUCGAAUUCGUUAUAUUGAUACGCUUUAUUCUUUACUCUAUUUUUUGCCUGUAAGAACAAACCCAGGGUUCAACACGUAAUCGUUCAACAUUGGCUAAGGAAAUGUUACACAUGUUAGCACACAUGCUGUACUGGUUUGACUUUGAAUGGGUAACUUUAUGGACAGUACUGGAUCUGGUGCCAGCACUAGGGUAACCAUUGAUAGUCCCGCAUAGGAAACUAAAGAUGUUUCUGCACAACCCCAAUGAGAGAUGUCCUCCUCUGAGCAAUUGACAUAGGAAGAACAUCUCAUUGUUGAACCAUUUGGCUGAACCUUCUGCGUUUGACACCAGUGUUCAGUGGACACUAUGACUGCAGUGAAGACUUUUGUCCAUACAUCUUAACCCAGACAAAGGGCAUGUAAAUAUGUUCCGGCUCCGGUUUGUAAAUUCUUGCUGUCGUAGGCUCCUUCAUGUUGGGACAGGGAACACAGACCAGGUUCUGGAACAGCUGCUGGUUUGCUCAGACAAUAACCAGGUGCUUGAUCUGGUGGGCAAGAACAUAGCCAAGCUCACAGUGAACCAUGUCAGCUGUGCUGUGAGGAUGUUGUGGCACUUUGAGAGGGAAACAGAAGAUUUCCGCAGGAGGCUGGAGCCUAUUAACACCCACCCUCAGUUCUUGACCCUCAAGAUUUUGGCUCAAAAUAAAACAGUUCUGAUGGAUGAUCCUGUGUUGGUGGACACACUCUACAACUUUCUGAGAUUGCAUGUUGCUCCUCACGACUCUGUCAUUCAACAUCUGGUUUCAGAAGCAUGGUUAAGGUUGGAGAGUUUACCGAUCGCCAGCCUUUCAAAGUUUGCCAAUUGUCUAGUUGAUCACCACAAUAGAUGCAGUCGUCUUUUUGGCCAAAUCACCAGCAUCCUGGACAAGAAGCUGUCCUCCAUCACUGAAGCCAGGGUCCUCACCUCACUGAUGACAAGCACGUCUUUCCUUGUAUCCCCUCGGCUCCGAGAUGCCUUAAUUAGCAGAGCAGAUGAUCUUAUAGACAUAAAUAAUUGUGUCGACUUCUCCGAUCCUCGGAGAGUGGUGCAGUUCUUGCGUCAUCUUCAGCAUGUGGAUAUACCAAUGUUGGAAAAGUGCAACAAGAUAUUUAUGCAAAACGUUGCUUUUAUGAGUACAACUUACAUCAACAUGAUCCUGGAGUUCUAUAAGUCCCUCCAGUUCCACAACAGCGAGUUUAAUCUGGCUGCAAAACAACGACUGAUAGAACUGAUUGACUCAAGCACUGACCCAUUCUCUUUUUUUCAACUGUUUUGUGCAUUGGCUCCCAUGGGAAAUCCAAAACUCAGAGAAAGGUUGGAGAACACCGCCUUGCUGCUAGCAGACGAUCUCAGUGCACAUCAGGCUUUGUAUGUACUUACAUCAUUGAGAGAGAUGCAGAGCAGCAACCUGAGCUUAUUGAACAAAGUUGCAUCAGCAAUCCAGAGGAAUCUUCACAACUAUAAACCAAUAGAAGUGGCCAGAAUCACCACAUACCUUUACAGGCUGCACUACCAAAACCCUGAGCUCCUCACUGCGCUGAAAAACACCACACUAAAUUUUUUGCAGCAGAAGACAAUUCCACACGAGCUGGCUGCGCUAGUCCGGACCUUGUCAAUGCUGCCCAACCCGAGGCUGGAUCAGACAAUCAAGUCACGGUUGGAGGCAAUGAUACCACAGUGUAGUCUUGACGAUCUGAAGACCAUUGUCUAUGCUGUAGACAAAUGGAUAGAGAAAGAUCGGUCCUACUGCCACAAUACACCCGAUAAGUAUGUCCAUCUACUGCAAGCUGUGAAACGCCACGGAAAAGAGUGGCUGCAAAAAACUGAUCAGCUAGACGUAGUGCUAAGGGACCUCAGAUUUGUCCAUGGGAAGUGGUUUGAUGAAACUCUGCUCAAUGAGACAAUAGCCACUAUAGAGGGGAUGAUGGAUCAGAUAUGCUGGAAAACUGCUCCGAACCUGGCAACCUUCUUAUGGAAGAUGAAACACAUCUGCCCUCCUCUGCUGGACAGAAUUGUCAGUGUUGCCAUUGAAGACAUUGACAAGAUUCACUACACUUCCAUAUAUGCCCUACUGCGUCUCUACUCUCACAUGAAUUACGAUUCUGCACAAGUGGAAAAGCUGUUUGAGAUGUCCGUCCAGUACAUCACUCCUCACAUCAACUCCCUACACCCCCACCUGGUGGUUGACCUGUCUUAUUGCUUGGCUAAGGCUGGAUAUUUCCCCGAAGAACUGAUCAGAGCAGUCUUCUGUGUUGACUUUCUGAGAAAGCUGGAUUCACAUCUAGAAACCUUGUCUAAAUCCCUCAGUUGGUGGACGCGCCUGCACCUCAUGAAGCUCAAUCGAGCCGUGUGCAUAGAGUGUCCAGAGUUCCAGGUGCCAUGGUUUCAUGAAGAAUACUGCAAGUUUUACCAUCACACAGGCACCUUUUGUCUCAGCUCUGUUCAGCAGCAGAUCCACAGCAUGUUGGUUGAUAUCCUUGGAGGCGUUAACUAUGUUCGACCCGCAGUUAUCACGCCAUACUUUUACAUGUUCGACUUUGAAUGUAUACUGGACAAACACCUGCAGCCUUUGCCUUACAGUAAUGUAAGCACAUUGUCAAUAUCAGACAGAGAGAGGGUUCAGUGGGGGACCAGCUCACGGGACAUGGUUAUGCACACGUUGCCACCUGGAGCGCAGCGAGUCGCUGUGGUCUUCCUUAGUUCAAAGUUUUUCUGUAAAAACGCCCAUCACAUUAAUGGUGCAGCCAUGAUGAAAAAAAGACACCUGGAAAUCCUGGGAUAUCGCGUUGUUCAGAUCCCUCACUUUGAAUGGCACUCCAUGGAAUUUUCAUCACCAGAUGCUUGGAAGGUAUAUCUUCGGAAGAAGAUUUUUACAGAGAUUUCUUCUUGAAUGCCUUAAUAUUAAAUAUACAUGUAUGUGUGCAU